UUCAUUUUGUUUUGCUCUUUUGUUGUAUAUGGAAGUCUGAUUACACCUGGUUUUAUUUUUUUCCCCUCAUGAUAUGUUUGCUUUUCAGCAGGAUCAUGACAGCUAUCUAAAUGUGCUGCAGAAACCUAGAGCACUUGGGGUUUUGCUUAAGGGGUUGGCAGAUGGGUGGUACCAGAGACUGUGGUUUUGUCACUCUUGUGGCUUCAGAGGCAAAGGGAGGGGAGUUCUCUCAUCUGACACUUUUGACUCCAGAUUUUUCUGUUUAUUCAUUUCUAACUCCCCGUUGGACAAACUAUGCUGCUGUCAUUAAUAAUUCUGCAGUGUAGUACUGUUUAAAUUAGUAUCUCAAAAUGUAUGCGAAAGAUGAGGAAUUUGACUCCACAGUAGAUGUGGAGGUUCAAAUCACUGUGUCUCCUUUUAGGCCUAACCAAUGGAAGUAGAAAAUCCCUUGUACUUACCAGGAUGCUGGCUUUUUGUUUAUUUAAGGUUUCCUUUUUUUUUUCUUUUUACUCCAACUUUUCCAGCAAGUUAUUUCAGUCCAAGAUACAUCUCCAAGUGCUUCCUGUGAUCUGUGACACUUCCUUCCUCCCCUUAGCCUCUUCUCUCUGGUCUGCGCUAGCUUUCCUUUCAUUUUCUUACUGUUGGAAAUCCCUUUCCUAUUUCCAUGACUGAUUAACUGAUCCUAGAUGACAACAGUCCUGCCAGAGGCGAAGGUGGUGGGUCUCAUGAGAUGUUUGCACAGGUUGGGGAGGAACCAGUAGUCAUGUUCUAUUAGAAUACCACAGGAGUAAGAAACAGCAGGAGGAAAGUAACUGGCAUCCAAAUGUAAGUUAUUAGGAAUGGAGAUGGAGAUCAGGGCCUUCAAAGUUAGCAAUCUACAGAACAAUGAGAUGAGAGAAAAAGUUUCAAUGUGUAGGAAGAAAGGUAGUGUAAGAAGCAAAGAUUCUGGUUCAUGAUGAAAUAGGAAUGUUCCUGAAUUAAAGUGAGCAUUUACAAGAAAGGUAAAUUUAAUUUGAAUCAUAAGGGAGACAGAAUUGGCCCUUUUAAUACAGGUGGUCAGAAGUGUUUAAAAUGCAGAAUGAGGAAAUGUUCACGGGUGCAAAGCAGGACACAAUUUGGGAAAAUGUACCCACUUUGUACAUGGGUUACUCUGAAAGUAAUGUCUCCUAUUUAUUUCCUAAUGGAAACUACAACAGACACAAAGGAAAAUAUAACACAAAACUCUCAGCUGCAAAGCAUUGUUUUUUUCAACAAGGUCAGCACCUACAUGCCUUUGCAAGUGACCAGGAGCCUGCAAUUCAUGCUUAUAAAAAUCUGCACCACUGUUUCACGGCUGUUCUGACAAUGUCAUUGCUAGGAAAAUGUUGUCCAUGUUGUUCAUCUUUAAUUGAACUGAAUAGAUGGAAGUCAGAAGGCACCAAAUCCAGACUGUACUGUGGGUGGCUGUGGUAGGAUAGUCCAGCCAAGCUGUUCUCCAUCGUCUUCAGAUUGGUAUGGGGCCUGACAUUAUUGCGUUGGAAGAGAAAGGUUGUCUUCUUUUCUGGCCUGAUCCUGGAAGUUCAAGCCUUCAGCUUAAUCAGCAUAAUCAGCAUUACAACUUGAUAGUUUGUCAAGGUUCCAGGAAAUUCAGGAGGAUCAUCACUUUCCUAUCACAAAAUACACUGCACAUGGCCUUAGCUGCUGGGGCUGUCUUGAACUUUUUCUUCAAUGGGGAGUUCACAUGUUGCCACUCUGUGGACUGCUGUUUUGACUCUGGUGGUGACACCAUGUUUCACCACGCUAAUGAUGUGAUUCAGAAAACUGUAAUCUUCAGCCUCGUUUCAAUAGGUGCUGACAAACUCUACACAGUGUUGUUUCUGUUCCUGUGUGAGCGUUCAUUGUGCCUACCUGGUGCAAACUUCUGUGAUAUUCCUAUGUUGUCACCAUCAUUUCUAGUACACUGAAGCCGAUAUUCAGCUCCAUGUGCAGUUCCCUGGUUGUAAUCUAUCAGUUCACAUGGAUGAACUGAUCAAGACCUUCAUUUUGUUGUGUGACAGCUGGGCAUGGCCAUCCAAAAAGUGGUUUAUUUUUCAAAUCACUGUUGUUACUGCUUAAACACACCUGACUGUGCUCACAUCCACUGUUUGGUCUCUUUAAAUGUGAAGCAAGCAGCAACUGAAUGUGGGUGCCAUUUUUCCCACGUGGGGGAAUUCAGUUCCACCCCUGCUUCAUACGCACUUCCAUGUCAGACACAGUCUGUCCCGUGGCGACAAAAUGUAGUGGGACAUUGGUGGGAAUGUUCAACCUCUACUGCCAUACCAGCAACAUGUACCUCUGGUGUCAUGGGACAGUGUAACAAAAUAGGAGCCAUUACUUUUGGAGCAGCCUUCAUACAUGAUGCUGUCAGUUUUCUGUGUUGUAGUACAUUGCCCAUAUAUUGAAAGGAACACAGUGUAACUGAGACACUGCAGUGCACUACAUAUCUCUGUCAUCUCCCUGACAGCUCUGUGUAAUAAAUUACUUUUGCACACAGUCUGAAUUCAGGGGACAUGCUUUAUCAUGAAUGACGUUUUUCAUAGUAAUACUGAUGUGGGAAAAAAUUUUAAAAAGUCAUCAGCUUGUUAGCUUCUUAUUUUCCUGUUAGUUGGAGGAUUUUUGUCAGUUAUGCUAUACACGAUUCCACAGUCUGUCAGAACUUGCAGAAUUUCAGUUCUGUGUCUGGUGUGGACAGCUCUGGACAGCUGGGAUGCUUUAUCCAGGCCAUUCUUCACUGCUGGGCAAUGUGGUGGUGAGAUGUGUUUCUUUUUUUUUUAAACAUGAAGUGAGGUAUGCAAAGAGAUCAGAAGAACUAAUAUCAGUGAAUUCAGAAGAUAAGUCAGCAGUUGGGUAGGCAGGAGCACUUACUGUUCGGAUGGAAAAUAAGUUAUCUCCUGCUUUCCCCAGUCAUGGGAACAUUUGAUUGCAGUAUUUAGUGACCCAGUUGAAAAACAAAACUAAUUGUCUCAUGACUGGCAGGGUUAAAUGUGGAGGGAAAGCCUUUAGGAGGAAAAAAUUGUUAACAUACAUAACGUUUAUCUGUUUUGUUUAAAGUUCUGAACAACCUGUCAAAACAAUUGCGAAGUCUUGCAGUGAUCUCCUGCAGGCAGCAAAUCAGAGAGGACUGGGGAGAGAGCUUAUUGGAUUCAGCUGCAGGUCUGGCUUGUGAACUGUUUCAUAGCAGUUGCUGGGCAGAAGCUUGGUUAAAUGAUGGGUGAGCAUUUGUUUCUAUUCUGAAAGAAAAGAACAAACUUGCAAACUGCCUGGGAUCUGUUUUUGGAAUAGAUAUAAUUAAAGAGAGUACUCUGUUACUAACACCUCGCAACGUUGCUGGUUUUCGAGGAACGGUCCGUUACGCUUCAGUGAACGCACAUAAAAACCGAGAGAUGGGUAGGCAUGAUGAUCUGUGGUCCCUCUUCUACAUGUUGGUGGAGUUUGCAGUUGGUCAGCUUCCAUGGAGAAAGAUCAAAGAUAAGGAGCAAGUUGGCAUGAUAAAAGAAAAGUAUGAACAUCGAAUGCUGUUAAAACACAUGCCUUCAGAGUUCCACCUUUUUCUGGAUCAUAUUGCAAGCUUAGACUACUUCACCAAGCCAGACUAUCAGCUAAUCAUGUCCGUGUUUGAGAACAGUAUGAAAGAAAGAGGCAUCACUGAAAAUGAAGCUUUUGACUGGGAGAAGGCUGGUACAGAUGUCUUGUUGUCCACUAGCACUUCUACUCCACCACAGCAAAACACCAGGCAAACAGCAGCCAUGUUUGGGGUGGUUAAUGUCACUCCAGUACCAGGAGAUUUGCUUCGUGAGAACACCGAGGACGUCCUGCAGGGUGAACAUCUGAGUGAUCAAGAGAAUGCUCCUCCCAUCCUGUCAGGCCGGCCAGCAGAAGGUCUUGGCCAGACACCAAACACUGCUUUCAAUGAGGCUGAAGUUUGGGAAGAGACGGAUGUGAAUCGCAACAAACUCAGGAUCAGCAUCAGCAAAACUCAGUGCAUGGUGGAAGAAGAUCAGAGAAAUGGGGUCUGUCCCAGCUCCCCUGUCCGAGUGCCUCCAGAGUCCCCUACCGCACAGGCGCGCUCCCUGCGAUAUCGCCGUGUGAACAGCCCUGAGUCCGAACGCCUCUCUACAGCUGACGGCAAAGCAGAUCUACAUGAAAGAAGAUCACGAAUGGAUUUGCCUGGCUCUCCAUCACGGCUUGUGUGCUCCUCCCAGCCAGCCCAGAUGCUGUCCAUUGACACUGGCCAGGCUGACCGGCAGGCAAGCGGUCGGAUGGAUGUGUCUGCUUCAGUGGAACAUGAAGCCCUCAGCAAUGCUUUCCGCUCAGUGCCGCUUGCGGAGGAGGAGGACUUUGAUAGCAAGGAGUGGGUUAUCAUUGAUAAGGAGACAGAGCUGAAGGACUUUCAUCCAGGUGCUGAGCCAAGCACCUCUGGUACCACAGAUGAGGAGCCUGAGGAGCUAAGACCUAUUGAAGACGGUGAGGAGAGAAGGCGCUUGGGCGCAGACGCUGCAGUCAGGCCGAAGACUCACGAUGGGCGAAGUCGGGGUAUGCAGCCUGUGACUGAGGAGGACAGUUCCCACAGACAUGAAGGACCUUCUCAAACAGUAUCUGACAGUAAACAUGAACAGCAGACAGGAAGUCCAGCCCACUCCCCCCUACACUCAGCACCAGCUAUCCGACAAAGGAGACGAGAAUCUGAACCUACUGGUCCUCAGAGACAGGCAUAUACACUGAAGUCGUUUGAAAUGAAUGGUCUGCCCAAGGCAGUGCCUUUAAGUUUGCCUUAUCAAGACUUCAGAAAAGACAUGUUAGAGUACUGGGAAAAGGCUAAGUUAUCCCAGCGGAUAAAGAGAGUUGAUUUCUCAAAUGUUGUCUUGACUGCUCCUUGCAAACCCCUGGAGCCUUACCUGGAAAUGAAUGGCAAAGAGGAGGAGGAAGAGGACGAGGAAGAAGAUGAAGAUGAGGAAGAAGAUGAAGAGGAUGUGGAGGAGGAAGGGGAUGAAAUUGACAUGCACAGUGGUUCCAGCAGUGAUCUGAGUCAAAAAAGCACAGAGCGCAGCCAGGAGUGCGCACCAUCCACUCUCCUGGCUGAUGACCAGAAGGGAUCCAAGGGUCGAGCUUCCAUGGCUGAUGGGGACUUGGAACUGGAGGAGGGCUCAAAAACACUGGUGCUGUUUUCACCAGGUGAUCUGAAAAAAUCUCCAGUGACCACAGACUUGCCUCCAGAAGUUGAUCUGGGGACACUUGCUGCACUGACACCUCAGAGCGAACGGCCGCAGCCAAUGGGUAGCCAACUAGACGUGUCUGAGCCAGGGACCCUGUCCUCAGUCCUUAAAUCUGAACCAAAGCCUCCCGUGGCAGUGGCUACAGCUUCCUCCCCAUUUACCAAAGUCGAGCGCACAUUUGUUCACAUAGCAGAAAAGACCCACCUAAAUGUCAUGUCUUCCAGCGGCCAGCUGAUGAGGCAUGAGGAAUACUGCCCUCCGGGACAGUUUGAAGAGGUCAUUAUUGAAGAGGAGCUGGAAGACAAUCUGGCGUUGGUAGAGAACGGAAGCAUCCAUUCGGGAUUAGAAGGGGCAGAGACAGAGAGCUGUGCACUUUCUGCUAAUCCCAUUGAAACCACCUCAGAAACAGUGGGGGAGCAGCUGUCAGUCCCCAAUGUAGCAAAGCCUCCUGAGGAUAAAGCAGAGUCCUCUGACAAUGUGGCACUCUCGCUGGAUUUGGAAGAGUCUGCCAAGGUGGUCACGAGAGAGCCUGACGUUGAGAAGCCAGCAUCGGUAGCGGAACACCUGAAGCCAGCAGAGACCCUCCCUGAUGCUCCACAGCAGGGCCCCAGGAGACCUCUGGGCUCCAGGUAUAGAAGUCGGAUCCCCAUUUUAUUCUCUGAGGAGGACACUGGCUCAGAUCUUUCAACUUCACUCUCAGCCAAAGAGAGGCUUUAUAAGAGGGCAAAGCAACCUGAUCUGGCUCGUUUAGUGAUGGAGAAGAGACAAAACUGCCUCCUUAGGCUGGCUUCGGGGGCCUCCUCCUCAGCAUCCUCCAGUGACGAGAGGCGGCGGGCUUCAGAAACCCUGUCAGCCACUGGUUCUGAGGAGGACACCCAUGACUCUGAUGACUCCAUCCCAAGAAAGGCAGGGAAGAAAGCUGCCCUCCUGGGGAGAGAAGAGAAACUCAUAAGCACAAGGAGUAGAAUUCCUCGGCCCAUCACACCUGUGAAAACACCGCUAGAGACAAUGAAGUCUGAGAGCUCCACAGCCGUUGUGAUGGCAGUGCUUUCCCAGCAGGAUGCGGCUGUUGCCUACAGGCUCCAGGCACAGAGAGCAGCUGCAAGUGUCCCAAACGACUACCGAGCAAUGCAGAUACAAAGCCGGCUUCCUCCUUCACCAAGUUCCACAUCUCUUCCUCCACGAAGCAGCACACAGAGGUCCAGCUACGCAUCCCCUCGGAGCCCUGUCCUUCCUUCCAAAACCCCCACUGCUUCCCCAAGAAGCCAGUUGUUGCCUCGGAGGGAAAACCCUUCUCCCUGCAGGCAGCAUAAGCCAGGGACUGCUCUCCAGCGAGUUCCACCUUCCCCCCGACCUCAGCCCCAGGCUCAGGCCCUGGGACCAACAGGAGACUCCCUGCCCUCUCCCGGCACGGCCAAAAAACGGCAAAGAGGAAAAACCCAGACUCAGAGUCCAGCAACCAAAGGAAAGCAGGUGUCCCUGGAAAGUAAGGCAGCUGCCAGAUAAUGACCUUCUGCCAACCCACAGACUGGGUAACUUCUGCAUAUAGUAUACACUUGAGAUGCUGCAGCACAGCCUUCCAUGCCGGAACCACGAGUGUAUAGCAGUAGCUGUACUUCAAUGCUUCACUCACUCUCACCCCACACAGUUGUGAUCAGCUCCCACAGGCCUGAGAGCCUCUGAGCCACAGAGCCUUCUUCGAGGGAAACAUCCAGUCCGCAGCUCACGCUUGCUAAUGCACAGCGACCCUGGCAGCCUGCCUAGUGCCUGACCCCCUACUCCCCAGGCAAUCCCCUCUCUCUGUUGGCAAUACCUGUCGCCAAUACUGACCCUGGCUUUGGAAAGAGGAGUGGAAGUGUUGAGAGCCUGCUGGGGAGGAAGGCUCCUGUCCUGCAGGCAGCCCUUGCUCUCUCUUUGCUGGGAAAACACCAGCCCUGGCUGCCAACGGCUGAGUGUUGGCUCCUCUCCUGCAACCUGUGUUAGUGAGGGCUUGUCACCAGCCCAGCUCAGAGUGAUGGGUGUGUUGUCAUGCGCUGAGAAAAGGGCAGGAGAGGGCUGGAGGAGCUUUGCUCUCCUUUUUCCACAAGGGCCUCUGCAGGCAGGAGUGGGGCAAAGGCUGCCCUUGUAGAUGCUCCUGCCUGCUCCAGGGUGUCCUGCAGAGCUGUUUCAGCAGCCGCUUGUGGGGCAGGUAUUGAGUUGAAAGUAGGGAUGUAUGGGCAGCUUGCUGGGAAAUCCAGAGCACUAGCAUGUGCUGUGGAAGGGAGCACUCUGCAGCCACUUCUGUCUCAGAUACUGAACUGUGACCUGUGGAAACCACAUCUUCUGACAUGGGUGGUUCCUCUCAGCCUGAGUGUGGUUGGUGCCACAGUUCUGUAGGCCACCCAAACACAGCUCCAUCCUGAAGAUGUGAAUAGUCACUGGAUGCCUUCAGCUCGGGUGCCCCCUGCACCUAAAUUCCUUGUGCUUUAUUGUCACGUUCUUGGUGUUUGUGAAUUUUGGCACUGUCGUUGAAGGUUCCCUUACUCAGCAGGAGGGAAGUAAUUAUCCUGUAGUAUACUCUAAAGCUGCUGCUUUGCAAGGAGAGUUUUGCUGGUAUGCUGUGGGUAUCCUGUGCAUUUCUCAUCGGGAUAUCGGGUUUGUGUCCUUCUCGUGCUCAGCUCUUCCACACAUUGCCUAACAACCAACAAUGUGAACACAAAAGCAAGGGCUGUGCUCUUAAAUAAUAUUACCAAAACGUAAGCUUAGCUCUCACUUAGCACGCCAACUUUUUAGCUACCCAGUUAAUUAGGGUGGUUUGAAAAUUCAAGCCAGGAGGACUGAUAAUUGCCAGAGCCUGAUAAGAUCUUGAAAUGGUCACAAAUUCUUCCCUGCAUUGCACAGGGGGAAACAAUAUAGACCCAAAUCCUUGGGGCUUCAUGCCACUGUCACACCUAAAAGAAGUUUUGCAUAAGGCAGAACAAAACAAUGGCUGCUCUGCCCACCCAACUCCUGCAGCUGCAACUAGCAGCUUCAGAAAAGAUUUGCAGACAAAAAAGCUUGAUGGAAGAAUCCUAUGGUAGUAACUGACUCAUUCGAAUGUAUUUACAGUCAAAUUCAUGGUCAUCCAGUCCAAGGAAUCCCAACUUUCUGUUUCAGAGUGGUUCUACAGGAACGUGCAUGGAUCAUGAGAGCUGUGACGGAGUGGCAGGGAGAACAGGAUACUCCUGGGACAUCAGAACAGGGAAAUGUCUGAAAACAAGUGAUGGGACUUACCUCUCUACACAACAGUUCCAGUGUUGACAAUGCUAGGAACUUAUUUCAUACAGUUCAAAACGUUUGGUGUUUUCCUUAAAAGUCACUCACCCUUGUAGAGUAAGCAGAGCUUCUCAUCCGAGAACAAAUCCCAGCUCUCAUAUUUGCAGAGGGGCACUGAGAAUUCCACGCUCAGGUUGUGGUUUGAGGGACUGAGAUGACUUAACCAAUGAUGACAGUGGUCCCUCCAACUUGCAGUCCCCUCCCGUAUCCUAGGGCAGCUGUUCAGUAAGGUGGCUGGAGAUAGGGAUCCAGUGUGACAACAAGUGCUCUGGUUUGCUGGGUUAGUUUUCAUCUGUUCAUCCAUCAGGUUCAGCAUUUGAUCACACAAAUGCUUCUGCCAAAAGUGGAGGAAAGAGUAGAUAGUAAAUUCUACUACUUCUUCUGCGGGCACAAUGACUUCAUGUGAGUUUGGAGUCUGGUCCAACUGCAGCCUAAAUAUGUCCUGAGAGUUUUGAAACUAGAAAACAAAAUAAACCCAAAUACACAGAUUCUUUCUGGAAAUAUAAAUGGUAAUGGCACUCCUAUUAAUUUGUCAGCAGACUGUUCAUUUUAGAGUGCUUAGAUAAUAAGAUUUUGACAGUGAAGCCAUUACCAGAUACUUUAUCCAGGUCUUACAUGCACAUGCCAAAAAGGCAUCGAAGGAGCAGGAAACGAGUGCUAUGGGGCUAUUUGCAGGAUUAGCAAACCCAUUUUGUCAUGGGAGGCCAGUGAAGCACAAUUAUUGUAUUUGUUCAAGAGAAAGUUUAAAUUAGAAUUGUCCAUGGCCCAGCUGUACCAUGUCAAAAAGGAAUCUGAAAGAAGAAUGCCAGUGAAUGAUUUCCAGCAUGGGAGACAGCAGCCUGUCUCCAUGUUGUGUGAUAGGGCUGGGCUGAUGCUGCAGCUGGAUCUGUAGUACUGUCCUGCACUGUCUAUCCUGAGUCAUCAGGUCCAUUGGCACUGAGAGCUGUCUGGCUGCAGCAGGGUUGAAAGCCAGAGCAGGAGCUGCUGGCUGCUGCCACUGACAGGCUCCCAAGGUUGUUCCUGCACAGCCUGGCUGUCCCCGUGUGUCCCACAGGCUUGGAGCUCCAGACCUGUCCCCUUUCCCAGUGGCAAAUGAUGCUGUGAUGUUACAGGUAAAAUGCUUCACAUUGCCUCUUACUGUCCUUCACUGUACUAUUUUUUACUGAGAUUAUUUUUUACAGGAGCUUCAGUGCUGAGUUCAUUCAGUCAAGUGAUUAAAAUAAUUUGCUCAUUUGCUAAAUUUGGCAGUGCAAAGAGUCAGGCUUCGUGCAAGCACUGCUCAGCAGCCACUAAAUGUCAGUAUGUUAUCAACAUUAUUCUCAACCAAAUCCAAAACACGACACCACACCAGCCACUACAAAGGGAGCUAACUGUACCCCAGCCCAAACCAGGACACUUGCUUUCUGUUCCAGGUGUUGGCAGGGACACUCUGGAAAGCUUCUGCCAUACAAAAGCUGCUCUGGGUCUGUUUACUCUGAUUUUCAAAGUUCUGCCCUUCAGAAGUGAGCAUGACCCCAGGGACUGCUGUCACUUGGGGCUGCUUGGUUCUCUGGAGAGGAGAGUUUGCUGGUGAUACUUCCCAUGAAAAGAGUCCUUCAAAAGGGGCUGGGAACUGUGGGUCUCUCAUCCUGUUCUCUGCCCCACAAGCCAGGAGCGCAUCUGUCAUAGUCGGGUCAAAUGCAGCAGAUCAUGUUUGAGGGGUUGUUCUGUUAGGGCAGAUGGCUGAUACAAGAUGAUGUGGCUAGGGGUGGGUCUGAAGGAUAGUUCUCAGCACCAAGCUAAUAUGACAGUGGAUUGUAUGAGCAAAAAGAGCACUAGGGACUGUCAAGAGAGUGUCACGGAAGGGCACAGACGCGUGGCUGGAGACACUAAGCUGGCUUUGGUUGGCGGCACGGACACUGGCUUGUCUUGGUGCAAAAGGUGUUUCAGUGACAGACAUUUUUGGGUCGUGCUUGGGGUUUGCAAGAGGCAGGACACUUGGCUUGUCCUUUCUAAGUAGAGAGUAUUACUAUAUAUAUAUAUAUAUAUAAAUUAUAAGAAUAUAAUAUAAGUAGUGCCCAUUAUAUAUUGUGGCUAAAGGUUGAAAAGGAUCCUGCAGCCUUCAGAGAGGCACUGUGUGUCCCUGCUGUGUCCAGGGCUGUCCCUGUGCCGUGGGUGCAGAUGGAGGAGCAGGGUACCACCACUGAAGCACACGGGAGCUGUGAGGCUCUGCUCACCAGGGGCCAACACACAGUGGUGUGGGUGGCCAUCCGAGCUGUCAUAACCAUCUUGUGUGGCAUUGAUCUGGGUCUGGAGACUGAGUGGUGGCCUUUCAUUAACAGAAGCGUGGUUUACUUGGGGUAACAGUGUCUUUGGUGUUACUCCUUUCCAACACAGAGCUAUUUUCUCAGUGUAAAUCUCUGUAAUAAGAUGGUUCCGCAUCUGCUUACAGCCUGAACAGCUCCAGCAGUAGCUCAGUGGCCCCUUAGCACACUUCUUUCUUCCCUGUACAAUUUACUGUCUCAUGGCAUGAUCCCACCACUAUCCCACGUGCAAGGACACGGAUGUCCACUGGAGGCCUUGCUCCAUGCAUCCACAAACUGCAGUCAAAUGAAUCUUGCAAACACAAUAAAAGUCCCGUUGUGGAUCUGAUGAGUUUGGUUUCCAACGAGCUUCUUCUGGCUUCACUGCAAUGUGCCCAUGCUUGAUCUGCUGCAUUCACAAAGCAUGUGGAGACCACCUGGGCACCUGUGAUCACGUCUGUUUCCCAGCAGCUGCACACAAGAGGAGAGCUUGGGUUUCUGCUCAGGUCCUUUUCUCUUCUGUGUGCUGUGUCACCAACAGCAGGGUGGGUGCCCACGUGCUCCCUGCUUGCUGGCUCCAGGGUCCUCUGCAGAACCCCAAAUGGCUUUUUGCUCUCCCUCAGCCUCUUGCUGACCACUGAAGGGCUGGGACUGUGCUAGCAGGAAAGCAGAACCAGCUGACAUUCAGAUAAGUUGACAGCAUCUGCAUGAGCUUUGGGUCUUGCAUCUUUGUGAUGCUAGAAAACAGCCCUGGUUCCAGGCUGCGCUGGUCCAUGGUCUCAGGCACAGCCAGGACACUACGAAGUGGCAGCAAUUUGCACACUACAGCUCUCCCAUCCCCUCAUUUGUAGCUUCCCUCCUCUAGUAAAUCUGGUCUGCAGUCACUCUAUGACCCCUGCAGAUCAGUCCCUCCCCGUCUGGGUCUUCGUAGCUGUCCUGGAUGUCUGCACAACUCAAGGAACACCUGGCCCCUUUGCAGGCUGCUGCUCUGGGAUAUGAGGAGCAUUUCCCCUUCUAUUUCUGGAGCUGCAAAUGUCUGCAGAGGAGGCUUAAGGCAGACAUUGAUGCCUUCUGUGCUAAAAGGAGGAAGGGAGCUACCAUGGCAGAUCCACUGGGUUCCUGGCAGGGACUGUGGUGUGAGCACAUCCUCCCUAUAACUCCUGAACCAGAAUGAGCAGAAGGCUUGAGAUUUCAGCUUGCCUCACCUCUACCCCAGCUGCAAGGAGGAGGCAGGGGCUGGUGGCACUCGGGGACAUGGCUGCAAAGGCAGAGGCUCCCAGACUGGCAUCUGCAGGUGGUGUGAAGAGCUCUGCAGGGCAUGGGGUUAGGCAAGGAGUCCGCAUUUUAAACCAGCCCAUGCAUGAGAACCGGUGUGAGGGACACUGCUGUCCUGUGCAACCUGGGCUGCUGCUUCUCCGGACAGGAAUUGGAGCUGAAAAUACAGAUAAUUUUGUAAAUCUCCUUUUAACACAUUAGCAUGGGACUCUACACUCAGACAUCACAGCUGGCACACCGACGUUGAUUUCCUUCACCUCCAACACAGUCCGACAAAGCCUUUUGGCCCAGAGACAGGACUCUUGCUCUUUGGUACUGUCUGGGAACGUGACUGGGUCCCAAGGCUGAACCUCUACAUAUCUCCUUUGCAUUCUUUAGGAAAGCAGCUCGAGAAUGUUUACACACUGCAAACAGAAUGUACAACUCUGACCAGGAACCACAAUCCGGUUCAACUGCAUGGCAAAUUUCUUGGCCAUCGAAUCAGGCAUGCAUCACAGAGGCCCCGUCUGUGUACAGAUCCACCUGGCAUUGCUCAUACCUUCAGAUCACGUCUUAAAAAGAAUAUACGAUGAUGCCAUUUCUUGUUCAUACCAGACACAGUUGUCAUUAGAUUUAUUAUUAACGGGGGGAUUCUUGAUCAUGCCAUUAAAAGCCUGUCUACCUUUUCA